ACAAAAAAAAUGAGAUAUAUAUUCCAGCUACAUUACGUUAUUUUAAAUCAUAUGACUGGAAAUUAAUUGUUGUGACCUAAUUUUAAAUGUUUGUCACAAACUGAAAACAUGAGUAUUCUCAUUAGAGGCAAUAAAAGUAUAAGGAAAUCAAUAUCAUGUGAGUUUGAUUGAUCUUGGACAGAUGUCUACUGCCACCUUGUGGCUCCUGUAAAAAGAGAACGCCUGAUAAAUGCACGAGUCUUAAUAUGUUCCUAACAUAUUAACAUUGUUUUAAUCCAUCAUAUGGUCUCAUUCAACAUAGUCUUAAACUAAGCUAAAUACAAAGUCAGUGUAAAUGUGCCUUAGAAGGCAGUUCUAUAGCUCCUAUGCACUGUAAGGUCUCCGGCCCCUUUAUUAUUUUGCAUGCGCGUUCCUUGUCUCCCCAUCGGAUAUAUUUUUAUUUGACACUGCAUCAACCCGGCGACGGCAGCUAGCUAGCAGCUAAUUUGCUAAACAUUCAAGCGUUCAAUUAUUUAAUUCAUUUAUGACAAUUAAAGGCCUAUCAAACUCAGCCGUGAUGAAGCCAGCAGUCGACGAGAUGUUCCCUGAAGGAGCUGGGCCAUACGUGGAUCUUGAUGAGCUGCUCGACACAGAACUGCUGAUGGAACUGGCCGCCAAUGAUGAGGCAGUUCAUGUAGACAUUUUCAAUGAUUUUGAAGACCUUUUUGAUGACGAUGAUAUCCGGUGAGGAAGAUUGAGUUUCUUUUUUUUUUUUACUUUUGAAAAGGAAUUGAUUGAAUGAACGAGUGGAUGAGCUAAUAUACGUAUCAUGUACAUCUUUUUUCUUCUUCAUUUUUUCAGGACUACACGGCAAACUAACUAUUUAAACUCUAAUGACAUACCAUUUACAUUCAGGCAAAUAUGCGUGCUAGUUCUAGGUUUAAAAAUACAUUCUUACUAAAUCGCCACUGCUGCCACCAGAUGUUGCAAGGUUCCGAACAAAUCCCAGGCA